UGUCGCUCGCAGCAGCAGAAGCAUAAGCGUUUGGUCGGUGGCUGUGGGGGUUCUGACCUCUUGUUUUCGCGUUCCACAAGGCAGUCUAGGAUAACCGCGCGGACGGAGCGGAAGUGUUGGCAGCAGCAGCUGUAGACGUGUGCUUAGAGCUACGACGACGACGACGACGGCACCCGGUGAAAGUGUGUCACUUUGCUGCGGGUUCUGCGAGAACGAUUCGUGUAGCUACCGACCGUGUAUAUCUGAACGUGUGUUGUUUGCGGGUAUUGGAAGGUGUGAUUUUGGCGCGAGUGUUGUGGUUCUAAGGACGACCAAGGCCAAAUUUGUGUGGCGGGUCACGAGUUUUCCGGAGCCAGAUUGAAACCUAUUGAAAGCAAGUGGGGUGUGAAGUCAACUUUAAUGAAGAUGAUGAAGUUCGCUACCGUGUGACACUCAAUCGAAGACGAAAGGAUAGUCACUUUAGUGGGUGAAGGUGGAAUUCAGGAGCUGAUGUGUUGGAAGCCCCAGACCCGAAGCGGUGAAAAUUGUGUACUUACACCAGUGAUUUUGUGAGCAGCCGAGUGUGCUUGAAUGAAAAGCGUGGGAUACGGUUUCGAAUCAUUGAGCAGUUUCCACUUUGACACAGAAAGCCUAGCUUGUUGGCCCUGGUGUACCUUUGGAGGAUUACGCGUGUAGUCUCAGCUCAUCACAUCGUUGCCGACGAAGAGAACUCUUAUUACCACAGGUGAGGAGCUGUCUGAUACUGAGAGUGGUACCGCCGCCCGGUCGACUGAAGAGAGGCACAGCCAUUUGUAGACAAGCAAUUUGUCGUUAUUUAUUUAACGCUGACAGCUACGCAGUGUUUGCCUUGAUCCGUUUCAUCUAGGAUUAGUCCGCAGUCACCCAUCAACCCCUGCCGCACGUGCGCCAAAAGCGCUACCCCUUUGAACGCUGACCCGUCAACCGGAAAACAGGCCAACCUCAACCGCCAUGUCUCCUUCGCGGUCCCCGAGUUGGGCCACUCUGGCGCUUGUUCUAUCGCUCACCUCCACAAGCCUUCUGCAAACGGCAACAGCCCGAAGCUAUGAAAAAGAUACCUACCGGAAAGGAAAAACCACGCAGAUAACCGCGUCGCAACCCACGAUCACCACUCCGCUGGUAGAUCUCUGCUCCGAGGAUAUCAACAUGAAACUGGCCUGCCACUGCUCGCCAGAGGGACACGCCAAGGCCCAGAAAGCGUCCUGCUCAAUAUUCGACGGCGAACUUCCCCGAAAGGACGCCAACUGGUUGGCCUUCCACACACAGACCAGCCUGGAGAAUCUCAAGUUUACCGUACGCAAAUCCGGCAAUCUCACCUACAUCCCGUCGGACGUUCUCUUCACGCUGAAGAAACUGCGAACACUGACCAUCGAGUACGGCAUCAUCACGGACAUCUACCCGUACGCGUUUGGUAACCUCACCGAACUGCGAACAGUAAACCUCCCCAACAACCAGAUCAAAACCCUGCACGCCAAUGCUUUCGCCAAUCACCCGGCACUGGACGAAAUCAUGCUGGAGAACAACGACAUCCGUCGGAUCGAUCGCGAAGCAUUCGUCAACCUGCCGAUGCUGAUCAAACUGAACCUGGCGAACAACACCAUCGGAGAACUGCACGACAACGGCUUUGUUGAGCUGACAAAGCUGGAGGAACUUCGGCUGGAGCUGAACAUGAUUUCGGUGCUGGCCAAGGAGUACUUCAAGGGGUUGGAGAAUUUGAAGGUGCUGAAGCUGUCCUACAAUGACGUGAACUAUGUGGGUGCUACGGUGUUUGCCGAUUUGUGGAGUCUGCAGAUGUUGUUCCUGGAUGGGAACAAAAUUGAGAAACUGGACGAACGGGCAUUCGAUGGACUGAACAAUCUGCACUACUUGCACUUGGAGAACAACCGCUUGACCACGCUGGAGAGUGGGACGUUCACCAGCGUGUCGGCUCUGGUGGUGUUGAAUCUGGAUGGUAAUGCGCUGGAAACGUUGAGCUAUAGUCACAUCCUACCGCUCAUGGAUAAUCUGGUCAACAAUAGUGCGAUUCUGUCGAUUAGAGAUAACCAUCUCAUCUGUGACUGCCGGCUGUCCUGGGUAUACGAUCUGAACAACCGCACCCGCAACGAAGACCUCCGCGAAAGCUUGAACAAAAUCGAAUGUACCAUGGGCAACAAGAACUCCUACAACAGCAACCCUCGGCAAAACCAGGCACCCGACUCCUCCUUCUUGGAGUCACCCUUGGACGAAGAUGGUGACUACUUUGAGGAUGCUGCUUUGGAUAACGAAUCCAUCGAAGAGGAAAAGCCCGAGGUGGUGUUCCUGUUCAAAGUGGGCAAAGAUAAGUUGUACUGCCCGGAGGAACUGAUUGGCCCCACUGAUGGCCCAAACCCGCGAGCAUCCAAAGGCAUUCUGGAUCUCCCGUGGAUGCCUUCGGGCGGUAGUGCCAUCCGGCCGAGUAGCAGUAGAACGCUUGUUUCCGCUUUAGCUUGCAUUCUCGUUUCCUCCGUAGGCUUAGUGGUGAUCUCUAGUGUUAGAUGGUAAAUGCGAUAACUUAUUUUCCCGCUGUGUAUGUAUUAGACGUGUAAAAGUGAACAGUCGAAGCUAAAAGACAAAGAUGGACGAGAGAACUAAUGUAAGCUGCAUGAUUUUAAGAAAAAGAAGAAGACGAAGAAGUCAUACUACCCCUCGUAAGAACUGCGCUACCAAACUAGGAUGUAAUGUGAACGGUCCCCGGUCCGAAAUCGGAGAACGACUAUUUGUGUCCCCGAGAAAACCUCCUGAUCUUUAUAGCUACUUCUCUUUUAACCGGUAAAGAUAGAUUUAAGCUAAACAAUAAAAUGUCGAUAAAUCACACUCACACACACACAAACAUGCAGAUUCUUCUACACAAUAAAUAAAGGAGUAACCAAGAGAGAAACAAGUGAUGAUUAAGUGAGACAUUAAGGAACUAAGCAGAAACCAAUCGCCGAAAUGAAUUAUGAAAGUAAAUUUUAAAAGUAGUGAAAUCUCUUCAGUCACUUCAUUAUAAGUAAGUAACAAAUCAGAAUAAAACAAGAAAACAAUGUGGAACUAAUAAAUCCCGAGCGGAAGCAGAUGAAAACCAAGAAUUUGAAAAUCUACUUUUUAGAAUUAUUUUUGAUAAAGCAAUAAAAAUUGAUUUUCAAAGCGAA